UUAUAAACAAACGAGACAUAAACAAUGAAGAUAAUUAAAAAUGUAAACAUGUUUUUAAUUAUUGAAUAAAAUGAUAAUUGAUAUCCAGCUCAUUCAAGUAAGGAAUGUUAAAUGAUUUCGCAACAGUGAUAAUUGUUUAAUGCAGAAACUUAUAAUCAGUAAUUUUAAAUAAUCUACUGUACCACAAAGUUUUGCAAAGGUAAAGAGUACUUAGACUUUUUAAAAUGGUUCGUGCUUGGUAUAUGGAUAAUGAUGACAAAGAUCAACGUCUGGAGCACCAAAAAGAUCCUCCAGAAUUUAUAGAUUUACCAGAAUUGCUGAAUAGCACGGGAGUGGAGUACUUCAAACUCAAUAUGAAAACGUUAAACACAGAUGGAGUACUGGAUAAAAUUAAACAAGAAAGAGGCUACAACUAUGAAGAUGAGAUAACAUGUUCCGAGAAGUGUUUGGAAAACUAUGCAGAAAAGUUGAAGAUAUUUUACACAGAGCAUUUACACACCGAUGAAGAAAUACGGUUAGUCGUAGAAGGUUCUGGAUACUUCGAUGUGAGAGAUCAAGAUGAUAAAUGGAUCCGGAUAGAAGUGGUGCCUGGAGAUUUGUUGAUUUUGCCCAGUGGUAUUUAUCACAGAUUUACUUUAGACAGUAAUAACUUCAUUAAAGCUAAACGGUUCUUUAUCGGAGAACCUGUUUGGACUCCCCACAAUAGACCAAAAGAUGAAAUGGAUUGCAGAAAGGAGUAUCUUGAAAAAUUAACAAUGGGAAAUUUUGUAAAAAGUCAUUAAUGUAAUAUUUGAAUUAUGUUCUUCCUAAAUAUAUAUUAGUUUGUUGUUU